GUGGUAGUAGGGGGAAUGUUUCCAGUGCAUUAUCGACUGGCCUCGUCUGUGAGGAACACCUCGUCGAUACCUACGUCGUCAGGAUGCGAAGGGUUUAAUUUUCGAACCUUCCGCUGGACACAGACGAUGCUGUUUGCUAUUGAUGAGAUAAACAGCAAUGAUAACAUACUGCCAAACACAGAUCUGGGCUACGUCAUCUACGACUCCUGCUUCACCAUCUCCAAGGCAGUGGAGGGCACUCUGACGUACCUGACCGGGCAGGAUGAGGCCGUGCCCAACUACCGCUGUGGCACGGGGGCUCCGCUGGCAGCUCUGGUGGGAGCAGGGGGGUCCGACCUCUCCAUCGCUACCGCACGAAUCCUCGGCCUCUACUAUUUCCCCCAGGUCAGCUACUCAUCCUCAUGCACGGUGCUGAAGAGCAAGUUCCAGUUCCCCACCUUCCUGCGCACCAUCCCCAGCGAUGCGCACCAGUCCCUGGCCAUGGCCCAGCUCGUGCUGCACUUCGGCUGGACCUGGGUGGGCACCAUCGCCGCGGAUGACGACUACGGCAAGUACGGCAUCAAGGCCUUCCGCGAGGAGGUGGAGGACGCCGGGGUGUGCAUCUCCUUCUCGGAGACGCUGCCCAAGGUCCAGUCCCCCGAGGACAUCCAGCGCAUCGUGGAGACGGUCCAGGAGUCCACCGCCAAGAUCAUCGUGGUGUUCUCCUCCGACGUCGACCUGAGCCCCCUGGUGGAGGAGCUCCUGCGCUACAACAUCACCAACCGCACCUGGAUCGCCAGCGAGGCCUGGGUGACCUCCGCCCUCAUCGCCCAGCCCCGGGCGCUCGACCUCCUGGGUGGGACGCUGGGCUUCGGGAUCCGCAGGGCCGAGAUCCCGGGCCUGAGGCAGCGGCUCCUGAGCAUCGAACCCGACGACGACCCCCUGACGGAUAAGUUCUGGGAGGCGGCCUUCAACUGCACGCUGGACCCGGCCAGAAAAUGGACGAAGGGGCUUGACGGUUCUGCCUCCAGGGGCGCUCUGGCGUGCACGGGCAAGGAGUCGCUGGAGCGGCUCAACAGCACGUACUCGGACGUGUCGCAGCUGCGUCUCACCUACAGCGUGUACAAGGCCGUCUACGCUGUGGCCUACGCCCUGCAUGACCUGGAGCACUGUACGCCAGGAAGUGGGCCCUUUGAGGAGAAGACCUGUGCUAACAUCUCCAAUUUUGAACCCUGGCAGUUAAUGUAUUACCUGAAGAACCUAAAGUUUAAUGUCCCACACACUGGUGAGCACAUCUUCUUUGAUGAUGGUGAGGUGCUGGGAGAGUAUGAUAUUAUUAAUUGGCAAAGGAAUGGAGAUGGCUUCUCCUAUGUCCAGAUUGGUCGCUACAACGGCUCAGCGCCCCUUGAAAGCAGGAUGUCCAUCGACAAUGCGUCUAUCAUCUGGAACAAUGAUGACCUGGAGGUCCCGCGCUCUGUGUGCAGUGAGAGCUGUCAGCCCGGCACCAGGAAGGGUAUCCGACAGGGAGAACCCGUCUGCUGCUUUGACUGCAUUCCCUGCGCAGAUGGGGAGGUCUCCAAUCAGACAGAUGCGAGGGAGUGCAUCCAGUGUACCGAGGACUACUGGUCCAACGCCAACCGUGAUACCUGCGUGCCCAAGACCAUCGAGUUCCUGGACUUCGGCGAGCCUCUGGGCAUCACACUGAUCGCGAUCUCCGCCGUCGGGGCGCUGGUGACGGUGGGGGUGGCCGUGGUGGUCCUGAUGAACGUGAGCACGCCUCUGGGCAAGGUGAACGACCCCGUGCUGACCCUCUCUCUGCUCUUCUCCCUGGUGGUGACCUUCCUGUGCUCCAUCGUGUUCCUGGGCCGGCCUCAGCCCUGGUCCUGCAUGACCAGCCAGGUGGGGCUGGCUCUGGGGUUCGCCCUCUGCCUGUCCUCCCUCAUGGGCAAGUCUGUGGUGCUCAUGCUCCGCGCCCGCGCCGUGAAGGCCGUCAAAAACGCCGCCAAGGCAGCCGCCAAGGCCGCCAAGCUGGCUAAAGAGGCCAGGGAGGCUGCCGCAGCGGAGGGAGAGGAGGUCGCUGAAGUGAGCGCCAUCACCACCGCCAACACCGACCCCCCAGCGAAAGUCCCCACGGCCGACGGACCCGACCGCAUUAAGCCCAUCCACCAGAGGGCGCUGGUGGCCGUGUGCACUCUCAUCCAGGUGGUGGGCUGCACGCUGUGGUUGGUCAUCCUACCUCCGCACCCCAUCAAGAACACGGCCGCGCAGAACAUCAAGAUCAUCCUGGAGUGCGACGAGGGCUCCAUCGUCUUCAUCUGCUGCAUCUUCGGCUACGACAUCGUGCUGGCCCUGUUCGCCUUCGUCUUCGCCUUCAUCGCCCGCAAGCUGGAGGACCACUUCAGCGAGGCCAAGUGCAUCACCUUCGGCAUGCUGGUCUUCUUCAUAGUGUGGAUCUCCUUCGUGCCCGCCUACCUGAGCACGCGGGGAAAGUUCAUGGUGGCCGUCCAGAUCUUCGCCAUCCUGGCCUCCAGCUUCGGCCUGCUCUGCUGCGUCUUCCUGCCCAGGUGCUACGUGUUCCUGGUGAAGCCCGAGAGGAACCUGGAGGAGCUCCUGAUGCCCCGGGCCAAGGCCCGCGAAAGCGCGGCCCCGAGCAUGUCCACGGCCACCUCGUCCUCCAGCGACGUCAACACCACCGUGUCCACCGUCGCUGACUGA